GCUCUCACGAGACGGCAGCCUGAAGCUCACACAUACAAAGUGUCAGUGAUGACAGGCGACAUGUACGGUGCGGGGUCGGACGCCAACGUCUUCCUCACCAUCUACGGCGACCUUGGAGACACGGGCGAGAGGAAGCUCAGCAAGUCGGAGAACAACAGCAACAAGUUUGAACGAGGAUCGGUGGACAAAUUCACCAUAGAAGCUGUCGACCUGGGGCAGGUUUUUAGGAUCAAGAUCCACCAUGAUAACAGCAUGUUGAGUGCAGACUGGUACCUGGACCAAGUGGAGGUUCUGGACGUGGACACAGAGGAGGUGUUCCUCAUCCAUUGUGAACGAUGGCUCUCCAGGAAGCGGGAGGACCGACGUAUUGAGAGAGUAUUCUACGUCAAGGGCUACGAGGGCGUCAGAGAGAGCCUGAGCAGCAAAAAGAAAUUGGCCUUGAAGAGCGUCGACAAUAACAAUAAAAAGAGCAAAAAGAAGGAAGUAGAGGAACUACUACUUCCUGUCAUACCGUACCACAUCACGCUGUGUACCGGGCUGGAACGAGAUGCCGGCACCACCAGCAGGGCCUACGUGAUCAUCAUCGGGGCUGAUCACAGUCGCACAGAGAGACUGUGGCUGGACCCUCCAGACGGGAGUAAGGGCUUCCAGGCUGGCUCCCUGGAGAGCUUCGAGUGUCACGGUUCAGAUGUGGGGGAGAUGAAAAAGGUGGAGCUUGGCCAUGAUGGAGCUACCCCAGAGAGUUGCUGGCUGGUGGAUGAGCUCUCUGUUGCCGUGCCAACCAAAGGGGUCAAAUAUAUAUUUGCUUGCAUGUGCUGGCUGGCCAAAGAUCGCGGUGACGGGCUGACUGCCAGAAUGUUCAACGUACUGGAUGCGGAGGCUGUUUCCAUCUCCCAGAAGGUCAUUUAUGAGAUAAUUGUGAUCACCGGGGACGUCCAAAACGCAGGAACAGACACUCAGAUCUUUAUGUCUGUGUUCGGCGCUAACGGCAGCACAGAGGAAAUGCUGCUGCAGAAAAACGAGGACAGGUUCGAGCGCGGUCAGGAGGACACCUUUAACAUGGAGAUCGAUGACAUCGCCCCGCUGAGGAAGAUGAGGCUUCACAUUGACGGCUCCGGCAGCAGACCUGAUUGGUUCCUUGAUCAGGUGAUCAUGCGCAACCUGACCACGGAAGAAGUGUCCGUGUUCACCUACGAAGAGUGGCUGUCCAGGACACGUGGACCAAAAAGGACCAUGAUCUGCGAGAUGGCUGCCAUGGUGGACGAGGAGAUGAUGGUGGAGCUCACCACCUACGUAAUCCAGGUCAAGACCAGUGAUGUUGCAGGGGCUGGAACCGACGCCAAUGUAUGGAUCAUCGUCUUCGGAGAGAACGGAGACACAGGGACUCUGGCGUUGAAAGAGUGCAACAGGUCCAACAAGUUUGAGCGCAAACAGGCGGACACGUUUCGCUUCGCCGACAUCCUGAGUCUGGGAGAGCUCUCCAAAGUGCGAGUGUGGCACGACAACCGGGGUCCCUCACCGGGAUGGCACCUGGACUACAUCGACGUGAAGGAUGAGCUCUUGGACAAAACCUUUCGCUUCCCAUGCGACCGCUGGCUCGCCAAAAACGACGGCGACGGGCAGAUCAUGAGAGAACUGGCCUGCGCUAACAACGAAUACUUGGACCUGGAUGAGAAAACCAAGUAUGAGAUUUGCGUCACAACCGGAGACACAGAUGAUGCUGAAACCAAAGAGAGCGCCUGGAUUGUGCUGGAGGGGAGGAAGGGACGUUCAAAGGAAUUUUUGAUGGAGAACUCGUCGAAGAAGAAGAGGUUCUUGCGAGGACACGUUGACAGGUUUGAGUUCUCGUCCAAGAACCUCGGCGACAUCGUCAGUAUCUGCGUGGGCCACAUGUCCAAGGAUGGAAAGAAAGUAAAAGGAGAGAUUUUCUGGCAUGUGAAGGAGAUUUUUGUGACUGAAAGAGAGCUGGGCAACAAGUACAUCUUCAGCUGCGACGCCCAGGUCCCCUUGUCCCCGAAAAGGGACGACUUCUUGACCUUCGAGUGCACCAAGUUCAUCGAGAGCUUUGCGAGUAAAGCCCGCAGCCUGGUUCCAGUCAAGUACGAGAUCAUCGUCAUCACGGGCGACGAGAAAGGCGCGGGCACGGACGCCAACGUCUUCAUCACCAUCUUUGGCUCCAACGGCGACUCGGGUCGGCGGCAGCUGCGACAGAAGUUGCGCAACCUUUUCGAGCGCGAGCAGACGGACCGGUUUCUGCUGGAGAUGCUGGACAUGGGCGAGCUGCAGAAGGUUCGGGUGGAGCACGACAACUCGGGUCUGAACCCCGGCUGGCUGUUGGACCGCGUGGAGGUCACCAACACGGCGAACGGGGUCACCACCAUUUUUCUGUGCGGCAAGUGGCUGGACACCAACAGGGCUGAUGGGAAGAUUGCCAGAGUCCUCUACCCCAAAUACUAGUCCAGGUACUUUGACCUAAUGACUCAGGAAAAUCAAUGUGCCAUUCUUUGU